AUAUGAAUCCCGCAUACUAGCGACAUAAUCCAAAGCAGUACUUUAUGUUUGUCUUUGUGGUAGAUGAAUUUAAAAGGCUGGGGCAAUAAAAUCACCCAGCCCACGAACUCUCGUAGCGAGGCUCCUCCAACACAGCCACGCGGGAGCAGUUUGACCGAGUUUUACACAUCGCGUGCCAACAAACCGCUUCUCGUGACAGCGGGACAGAUGCUUCUCAGGCAAACGCCGCUUUGGCUGCAGGAAGGGCAGCGACGCGGCCGGGCGCACACUGCCGUGCCUCUCCAAACAAGCGAAGGACCAAUACUCGCAUGUUGAACGCUGUUCGCACCGUAGAGGAGAGGAGAGGAGGCGAACCCUGUUUUUAUCCUCUGUGGAGCCCGUGUGUGGGACAGGAGCGCGCGGCGGGGUGGUGUGCGUGAUGCCGCACCAACAGACGUCACUGACGGUAAAGAGGGCGAGAAAGGCACGCGACUGUCCGGCCCUACCUGGAGGCGUGAUGGCUGCAGCUGCAGAGGUCACCGAGCCUUCAGGACAAGUCACGAUGGUUAAAACAGAGGAUGGGGGGUGCAGCGGCAACAACGACCGUAGGAGUCAAGUCCUGCUGCAGCUAAAUGGGCUAAAUGAUGACACUGCCGCCACUGCCACCACAGUCUUAGCCAUAGAGACCCAUCAAAGUGACUGUAAAGACGAGGGAACAGAGAUAGAGUACGGCUACCCCAUCACUUGUGGAGACAGCAGAGCAGUACUGCUGUUUAAGAAGUUUGUGUGUCCUGGAAUCAAUGUAAGAUGUGUAAAGUUCAAUGACCAGCUCAUUAGUCCCAAGCAGUUUGUACACUUGGCAGGAAAAGCCACGCUGAAGGACUGGAAAAGAGCCAUCAGAGUGGGAGGGGUGAUGCUCAGGAAAAUGAUGGACUCCGGCCAGAUAGAUUUUUAUCAGCAUGGGUCCGUGUGCAGCAACACCUGCCGCAGCACCAAGUCUGAUGUGCUGACGAACUGCACGCGGCCUCCUCCAGGGACCUUGGCGCAACCCAACCUGUCGCGUUCGGCUCUUGAGGACGUCGGAGGACAGCUGCCUCCUGUGACAGAUGGCGUGUUGAGUCUUUGGCGAGGUGUAGCAGAGUCGGGCCUGAUGGGGGACGUUCUGUCUGAUCUCUACGCCAAGCUAGUGACCACUCUUAAAGGUGCGGAGCUUCACAGCAAGAAGGGCAGCCUGCAGGAGACAGAUGCUCACAUACUUAAUUCCCUGUGUGAGAUGUUCGGGCUUUUGGACUCCGUGAAACAAGCUCUGGCCCUUAGGUGCACCCAGAACCAAGAGAGGAGAAUCCAUCAUGGUGAGGAUGUGCUGGAUGAGAUCCCAGAGGAACACAGGGAGCCGAGCUGCCAUCAAAGCAGAUCUUAUAAAACCUCAUCCUUUAAACACCUCCGACCUCAUCGUCAGAGCCAGCAGAAAAGACGCGCGCGCAGCCCGCUGCUGCACGAAAGGACAAACACGGUGAUCCAUCCCCCUUCUUUCGCUGGUUUAUCUGCUGCAUCUCGCGUCCAGGUCUUCAGUCAUUUCUCUGCCCCCGCUGGCCGGAGUCACCUUGUUGGAGCCGGCAGGACAGACGGAGUGGGCCAAAGUGGCGACGAGAAAAAAGAUACCUCAGAAGAGAACAAAGAGAUGAAACGGAGGACGGUGCUUCUUGGUGGAGAUGAUCCGAUUAGAUGCGACGAGGCGAAGGAGACAAAAAAGCUCACGUGGCAGUGAGAACUUUAAGUAGAUCCUGUGGCUCCGGCUGCAAGAGUCUAAAUAAAGGCCUGCAAUGAAGACACUGGACUCACUAAUGUGUGGCGAAACAAACUUCCCUGUUUGGGAGGUAUAUAAGAACAGUGUCUUAGCAGUAGUUAAAACAUUGUGGCUGACUGGUGUAUAAAUAGGUUUAUGGCGUGAUAACUGCAGAAACGGAGGUACAGACACGUACUCCAAAUUAAAAUGUUUAUAAUAAACUCUGGUUUUAUGUACUUUAAAAAAAAUAAAAUAAUCUAGCAACAGAAAAACCAUAGCUAAACGCAUUGUUGGCUCUCUCAGCUGUAAUGUACAUUGUUAGCAAUCAAAUCUUUAUAUUUUCCACUUUAUUUUGAUAAAACACACAACUUGAUGCACUAGUUUGAUUUUUUUUAACAAUAAUUUUACCUAUUCCCAAUUCACAACAGAUGACCAAAGGAACUUUAUAGGACAAUAAUCUCGGGUCCAAUUAGUCUUCGAUUAUCUAUAAAAGACAAAAAGGGGCGCGGCACAAGCGACCCGUGUUUGGAGGCCUCAGUCCUCGACGUGGCCAUCCAAGGUUCAAGUCUACCUUCUCCCUUUCAACGCCAUUUCUGGUCAAAUAAAGGCCACUAGAGCCACAAAGAUUUUUUUUUUAAUUAAAAAACGUAAAGGAUCUCAUCAUAUAGUCAGCUCAAGAUCUUGUUACGUUACGAUAAAAUUCAGUUGAUCAUUUGAGACCGAUCGGUAAAAAGGAAAGAAGGAGGAAGGAAAACCAAUCCCAUCAGGUUGUUUCUUUAAAGAGUUCACGGCUUUGGAGUUAACCCUCAUCCUUAGCAAGCAACCUGGCUUAACAGUGCAGCAGAACCCGGCCAGGAUGCGUGGGGGACGACUGGGGACCGGGAAGAGACAAACACAGAGGCACCCAACCAGCUGUACCUUCCGAGGAAAGAAAUACAAAGAGGGUACAGAAAGUUGAUGGUAGCAAUGGUUUGGACUCAGCUAAACAGCGUAUCUUCUAUGGAAAGAAUAACAGGGACCCAAGUUAAAGUCAGACACAGCAGGAGAAUCUUUAAUGUCUUUGUCCUGGUUAGGGAGCGUCCCAAAACAGAAGCACAAGGUCAGGGGUACCAUGUUGAAAAAGAAGAUAGAGAACAAGAAAUUAGCAUUUUAAAAUUUAGGGUGGAGGGUAUGUGUCUGGGUAAAGAUUAUUAGGUCCUUUUUCAACUACAAACAGUUAACUGAGACACAAAGUGUACUAAAAUAAGCACUUUGACGUUGUAACACUUAUAUGAUAAACCAAAUUUAAGUAGCCAAGACAGAACACUGUGUGAAUGUUCUCAAAUUUAAGGGCAAAUGGUUUUAUAUUAUGGGGUUUAAACUCUUUUAAGGGAACAUCUUAUCUAACAUAAGAUUGUUUGUUUUUUUCACUAAUGUGUACUUUUUUAUAUGUGUAAUUUAAAAACAUUUUGGGAGUAGCCUUUCUUGCUGGAAAUGUUUGCACUUGUUUGGAGUAGAAGACCUAUUUAUUACAAAGCUUGACUUGUUGUUUAACAGGGGUCAAAAGUGCCACUAAAUAAAUCAUUAAAAAA